AUGGAGUCGUCGCGCCUGUUCGUCAAAAACCUGCCCCCAACUAUCAAUGAGUCCGACUUUCGGAAACACUUUUCGACAGGCGGUCGACAAGUUACUGAUGUCAAGUUGAUUGCGAAGAGGAGGAUUGGCUAUGUCGGCUACAAGACGCCCGAGGAGGCUGCCAAGGCCGUCAAGUACUUCAACAAGUCUUACAUACGCAUGUCUAAAAUAUCUGUCGAGCCAGCCCGGCCCAUCUCAGACCCUACCCUUCCCACCCUACACAAGAUCGAACAUGUUGCGGGCCGGCUUCCCACGCCAGAACCCGAGCCAAAGGCGAAGAACAAGAUCGAGGCGGACAGCAAGAAGAGGAAGAGAGAGGAACUGGAUCCAGCCGAUCCCAAACUGAGAGAGUACCUCGAUGUGAUGCGUCCGGGUCAGACGACUUCUAGCAAACUUGAGGGUAUACUUGGGCAACCUACAGAAGAGGCGGACGUUGUAUUGCCAAUCGUACCUGUGGAAGCUGAGAGCGACGACGAAUACGAGGAAAUCCCAACUCACAAAUCGAAGCGUCAGAAGGAGGAUGUGCAACACACAGUGCCCUCUGCGCCUCCAGCAGCAGCAGCAGCACCCAGCUCUGCCGGUAAUGAUUUGCAACCAGCAGCUAAAGACGCAAUGAAGGAGCCAGAGCCAGGACUAGCGGACGCCACGGAUGAUGACUGGUUGAGGUCACGCACAAACAGAUUACUCGACCUGGUUGACCCUGAUGACCCAGCAGCUCUGGCCGCGGUCGCAUCGCGUCCAAGUCAACAGCCUGCCGAGCCUACUGGCAUUCUGCCAUCGGAAGACACCGGUAUGAUUGAUGCCGGCGCAGAGCCGGAAUCGCCUGAUGAGCCAGCCACCGUGCAAAUAGAUGGGGACAGUGCAACAGAACAAGUCCGUCGCACAGCGAGGCUGUUCGUCCGGAACCUACCUUUCAAGGUUACUGAGGCUGAACUCCGAGACCAUUUCUCCAAGUACGGCGACGUUGAAGAGCUCCAUGUUCCCGUCGCUGCUUCUGGCCAAGGUAAGGGAUUUGCUCACGUUUCCUUUGCGGAUCCAGAAUCCGCCAUCGCCGCCUUGCAGGAUGUCGAUGGCAAACCUUUUCAGGGUCGCCUCCUCCAUGUCAUUCCUGGUCAGCCCAAGAAGGAUCAUCAGUUGGAUGAGUUUGCCAUUUCACAGCUGCCGCUGAAGAAACAAAAUCUCCUGCGCAAGAAGGCUCAAGCAACAACGAGUACCUUCAACUGGAAUUCGUUGUACAUGAACCAAGAUGCCGUGCUCGCCUCAACAGCAGAUCGGCUUGGCGUGUCCAAAUCGGAGCUGCUCGACCCUACAUCGACCGAUGCUGCUGUGAAACAGGCUGUAGCCGAGACACAAAUCAUCACAGAUACCAAGAGCUACUUUGCCACCCACGGCGUGAAUCUUGACGCCUUCAAAUCCCAGAAGAAGGGAGAUACGGCGAUUUUGGUCAAGAACUUCCCCUAUGGCACUACACUCGAGGAAUUGCGGAAGUUAUUUGAGGAAGCCGCAGGCGGCAAUGUUCUCCAGGUGCUGAUGCCACCCAGUAAGACCAUUGCCAUCGUGCAAUUCUCACAGCCAGUAGCGUGCAGAACGGCGUUUGCGAAGCUAGCCUAUAGGCGUAUGGGAUCUUCGAUCUUGUUCCUCGAGAAGGCGCCUGCAGAUCUGCUCGCAGAUCAUCAACAACCAAUCACAAACACCCAAACAGAUCGCCACACUGGCACCGGAGAGACCGGGUCCUUAUACGUCAGAAACUUGAAUUUUGACACAACAACAGCUCAGUUGGCCGAGGCUUUCACGUCUUUGGACGGAUUCGUCCGCGCACAAGUAAAGACAAAAUUGGAUCCCAAGAAGCCAGGCCAGGUGCUGAGCAUGGGGUUUGGUUUUGUUCAUUUCCGCUCCCAGGCACAGGCUGAGGCUGCCCUGAAGGUCAUGGACGGCUAUGUCCUGGAUGGCCAUACUCUUGGAGUCAAGGCUUCCCACAAGGGGCUUGACGCAGCCGAGGAGAGACGCCGGGAGGACAAGGCCAAAAAGGGCCAGAGAACCAAGAUUGUCAUCAAGAACCUGGCAUUCGAGGCGUCCAAGACUGAUCUUCGGCGGUUGCUCGGGACUUAUGGCAAGCUCAGAGUCGUCCGCAUUCCAAAGAAAUUUGGCAACUCAUCACGAGGAUUCGCGUUUGCGGAGUUCGAGUCGCCACGGGAUGCAGAGAACUGCAUCAAGUCUCUUAAAGAUACCCAUUUACUUGGUCGCAGACUCGUGUUGGAUUACGCUGAAGCUGAGGCGGUUGAUGCAGAAGAAGAAAUCGCCAAGAUGCAGAAGAAGAUUGGGGGCCAGGUCAACAAGGUUGCGGUCCAGAAACUCACCGGGAAGGGGGCCAGACAGAGAUUUGAGAUCGGGGAUGAAAAUGAGGACGACGCAUAA